UUUUUUUAUGAAUGUAGCAGUUGUAUGUUAGAGAUGUUCGGUUUUAUAUAUUGGCAAUGCUGGAAAUUUGAAUGUGUUCAAACGUAAAAAUAUGGCGGCUGCAGACGCUUAGAACAGUUUCUCUUGCUGCGAUAUAAAUAAUAAUUAAUAAGUUUUUCUUGAUUAUGUAAUGUGUCAUACAAGAUGGGAUUAGAAAAAUACGAAUGUGAUAUUGCUCAUGUCUUACAAAAUGGUGACUUUACUAUAUUGGAAAAAUUAUCAUCAUUUUGUUGCGAAUUUGAAAAACGCAUCAUUUUGAAGAUUGAAAAUGCAACGGCUGGUAAAAAUGAAUAUUCACAAACGAAGCAAACAAAUAUGGUCAAAAUAUCAGAGUUACAAAAACAAAUGGAAACAUUAAAAUAUGAAAUAGAUGAUAUAAUGUUGAACCAAAAAAUUGUAGAUAAAAAGAUCAGUAAUAUAAUCAAACAAGAAGAAAUAUUACAAAAAGAUAUAGUAGAAGUCAAGGCAUAUAGAGACGGUUUAUCUCUGGAAUUGGUUGACUUAAAACAAGAGGUACAAGAUAGGAAAGAGAAAAAACGCAAAGAUUGGGAUGCUAUUAAGAGAGCUACAAAUGUUUACAAAUAUAAUUUGAAUUUUGGUAUCAACAUAGAAGAGAAAGAAGAUUAUGACGAUGUGAAGGUAUCAUUUUUUAAAAACAACGAACAUACAAAGGAUAAAUAUUACGUACAUUUGAUUAAUAAAGACAAAUUAUGGAAAGUUCUUAUAUUAGUCAAGGAAAUACAGCCUACACUUAAAAAAGAACAUUUGAUCGAUCUAAAAGGCACUGUCGACUUUACUAGGCAAUCACACGUGUCCAACAUCACUGCAUUUCUAUGUCUUUUAAGGAUUGUCUUUUUAAAGUAUUAUAUGGACGGAAGCUAGAAAUAUCAAUUGUACAUUAAAUGCUUUUAUUAUAAUACUAGUAUUAUACUAGUAAUGACAAUUAGAGGAUAAGUAUAUUUUUAUAAUAUGGAAGAUAGAAAUUAGAAGAGUAAAGUCUUUAUUAAUAAAAAUUAAAGUAUC